UAUGAUCGGUUGUUUGAAAGGUCGAGUGCAGUUCGAGUGAUAAUACAGAUUAAAAAGAAAUAAACUAAUAAAUGCAGGUUUAUAAGGGCAUUUCCUCGGGCACUGUGGCACAGGCCUGCAGCGGUGUGGAGUGCCAGCUGCCCCGGGAAUGUCGCUCCCCAGCGCCGAGCCCCGCUCCCAGGAGGAGUCCCCGGCGGGGCAGGAAGCGCCGGUGUCGCCCCCCGGCCCCGAGCCCGCCGCUCCUCCCGCCGCUGCCGGCGCCGUGCGCGGGGCGGGGCCGGCGGGGCCGCGCUCCCCGGGCCCGGAGCGGCGCUCGGAGCCGGCGGCGGGAGCCAUGGCCGAGGCCGAGCGGGAGCUGCGCGUCCGCUUCAUCGAACCGGAGGAGGCCGAGGCGGAGGCGGGGGCGGCCGGCGGCGGAUGGCGCUGCGGGAGAGGCGCGGACGGGGCCGCGCUGCGCUGGUGCAUCACCGGGGCGCUCUGCGCCUCCUUCCUGGGGCUGGGGCUGAGCAUCGCGGUGCUGGGUCCCACCUUCCCCAACCUGGCCGCCAAUGUCGGCAAGAACGUCAGCGACAUGUACUACAUCUUCGUGGGCCGCUCCCUGGGCUUCCUAGGCGGGUCGGUGGUCGGCGGGGUGCUCUUCGACUGCAUGAACGCCGCUCUGCUGCUCGCCCUCUCCAUGCUUGGAACAACGGCUGGUCUCUAUGUGAUACCCUGGUGUAAGGAAUCUCUGCUAUUAACAGUCUUGAUGUCAGUCAUUGGAGGUUCCAUGGGAAUUCUGGACACGGGUGCCAAUGUACUGACACUGAAUACCUGGGGAUCAGAGUCUGGGCCACACUUGCAGGCUUUGCACUUCAGUUUUGCUGCUGGUGCAUUUCUGGCUCCGAUCCUGGCUAAAAUGGCCUUAGGGGGUUCUCAAUCUGAAGAACUUGCAGGGGCUGAAAAGACAAACCAGUCUGUCCUGAAGUCUGUGCCAACAGCAUCAGCUGCAUUAACUACACCAGCACCGAAAGACCAUCACGAUGGAGAUUUUCUGUGGUCCUAUAUUAUCAUAGGGACCUAUAUUCUCUUCACUUCCAUCUUCCUUUUUGCUUUGUAUUCAAAGAGCAGCUCAGCUAGAGACAAAUCAAAAGCUACUGCGCAGAGGGGCAGGCUUGCCAAAUACCACUGGCCUCUAGUCGGCCUCCUGUUCGUAUUCUUCUUGUUCUACGUGGGAGCAGAGGUCACUUACGGCUCUUACGUAUUUACUUAUGCAAUGGUCUUCGCCGAGAUGACGGAAGGUGAAGCAGCCGCGUUGAAUUCUGUCUUCUGGGGCGCAUUUGCCUUGUGCAGAGGAGCGGCGAUAUUCGGUGCCGCCUUCCUGUCCCCUGCCACCAUGAUCGUGAUGAGCCUCGUGUGCUCUGCUGCCUCCUCGUCAGCCCUGGCCUUCCUGGCGCACUACCGAGCCCUGCUGUGGGUGGGAGCCGCCGUGUACGGAGCGUCCAUGGCCACCGUCUUCCCCAGCGGCAUUUCCUGGAUAGAGCAGUACACGGUGGUGGAAGGGAAGACGGCUUCUCUGUUCGUGGUGGGCGGGGCGCUGGGCGAGAUGUGCAUUCCUGCCGUGGUGGGCUAUCUCCAGGGCAGGUUCCACCACAUCCCUGUCGUCACUUACGCCGCCUUUGCCACCUCCAUUAUGACGGUCCUGCUCUUCCCCGUGAUGUACAAACUGGCCAACGCUCCCCAGGAGAGCGACGUGAAGGAAGUGAGUGACAGCGAGACCCGGAAAGCUUUGUUGACAAACUCGAGGCUUGCUGAGGACGAGGAGGACGAGGAGGAUGUGAGAGAGUGGAACGACGCAGACUUUGAGGUAAUAGAAAUGAAUGACAAGCCCAAAGACUCUCUGACACACACCUCCUGUAGGAUAUCAGGGGACUCUCCAGCUGAAGUCUCUCUCCAGCCCCAUCUGGACGAUGUACUGGGCAAUCCUCCAGUGAUUGCUGGUGGCUCCCCUGGGAGACAGGAUGGGAAUGUUGACUGGGAGAAGAGUGAAUAGAGUCAAAGCUGACUUUUUUUUUAAUGGAAAUGCAAUCGAAUUGUUGCUGUUGUCAAGUGGUUCAGGAAUCCUGUCACGGUGGUGCAGAGCUCAGUGUGUUCAUUUGCCCAGCCCUUUCUCCUCUUUAGUUUUCAGCCUGCAGGGAUGUGUCUUGGAGUAGGAAGGACCUCAGUGAUGUGAAUGGGUCAACAUGAUAAAUGUUUGGCUGUGCCAAAACUGUUAAAACAUAAGAGACCUUUUCUAAAUGUGAGACAUGCAUCCAAGGAGGAGAUGCUGUAAUAACAGGGAAAGAAGGGGACUGCUUAGACUAAGUUUUUUGAGGUGGGUGAAAGGUGCAGGUCUGAGGUGCUUUGUCCAAAUGGUUUUGUGAGAGGGGAGAGAGAUUUGUUAUUGGUAAUGCUGAACUUUCUUACCUUGUGAAGGAGGAAUGUUUCUACUGCAUUUGAAAGUUGUGUGUGAUCAGUUAAAAUUUCUGGUGAUGCCCAGCAGCUGUAAAUUGAAAACCUUUUGGCAAACUAGGAAUUUUUGAUUCUAAGGCAAAGACAAGAAAAAACGAAAUUAUUUCUUGGGAGUGAAACCAUGUCUUUGGGUCAUUUAAAAGCACUUCAUGAAAAAGUGCACAAAAUGGUCAUUGUCUAUCUGCUCAAAUGCGUAACUCCAACCAAUGAAACGGUGCCAACAAAUAUAAAUAAUCUAAAGUAUUUGUGAUUUUAAUUAUGGCACUACCACUGAAGUAAAAAAAUGUACGCACAAGAUGAUAAAAUUGUUGUAAUCUUUGAAUGGUUUGGGUUGGAAGGGACCUUUAAAGAUCAUCCAGUUCCAGCCUGCUGCCAUGGCAGGGACACCUUCCACUGGAACAGGUUGCUCAGAACUCCAUCCAGACUGACCUUGAAAGCUUCCAGGGAUGGGGUACCCACAACUUCUCAGGGCAACCUGUUUGAGUGCCUCACCACCCUCACAGGAAACAUUUUUUUUCCUGAUAUCUAAUCUAAACCUACUCUCUUUCAGUUUGAAGCCAUUCCCCCUUGUCCCAUCACUACAUGCUCUUGUAAAAAGUCCCACUCUGUCUUUCUUGCUGGCUCUCUUCAGGUAAAAGAGAUUACUUAAUAUAUGGUAUUUUCAAGCCAGUUGUUUAAAUUAAGGUUAUAGCAACUUCUCUGGCUUCCUGUGCCAAGACUUUAACAGGGUAAUGUGUUACAAUGAAGAUUUGAGAAUGAGAAGGAAUUAUCAAUGAGACAAUCCUUUCCAGUAUGACUACUUGCCCCAGGCUAGUUGGAUUGGUGACAUUUGGGUUUUAUUUCUUUGGGGGAUGACAUGGAGAUGGACUCUCCCUAGUGGUAAAGCCGUGGUUUGUAUGUGUGGGUUCAUUGCUGCUAAGCAGGAAGGUGGUGUGAAUACUCCUGUGUGAGUAAUUUCAGGUGCUGCCAUACCAGGGAGCCCUUCCAGUAAGAGAAAAAAAAAGAGAAAAAAAAAGAAAAAAAAAAGAAAAGAAAAAAAAAAAAGUAGCAGCAAAUGGCAAAAUCUGUCUCUGAACAGUAAUCUUGCCAUUUGUCAGCUUGGAACUCCAAAUCAGUUAAGUUUUUUUUAAGUCUGUGUGAUCAGAAUGUACUCUUUUUGGGGGUUUUUAACUUUGCACUUUUAUUAGUAUAUUUCUUGCUACAGUGUUUCAUUUAGUAACAAAAGGGCUCUAAGUGUAACGUAGCACAGAAUCUUAGAUGUUCCCUGGAUUUACAGGUCUGCUUUUGUUCUCUCUCUUGUCCUCCAAGUGUGCAACCUAGGCUUGCAUGGCUCUUUCCUUUCUUCUGAGAAGUUAAUGAGAAGCCAGAACCAACCUGUAGUGGAAGUUCUUCUGUUAAAACCUUGCCAUGUUGCAGGGCCUCCCUCUCCCUCUGCUGCUGGCACUUAAAUGUCACCGUGUUUUUGAUGGAUUCCUUCUGCGGCAUCUUUUUCCAGUGCAACGCAUCAAUGUGCACUUUGAAAUGAAGCCUUGUUUCACUCGUGGACAAGGGUUCUGUUUGCUUAAGGCAGUGAUAAAGGCUCGUAAACACCAGGCGCAGUCCUGGCCCGGGCACAGUGUCAGCAGUGAGUCCUGUGUGCUUAGCUGCUGUGAGGUGGAAGCACAGAGCGUGGCAGGCACAGAGAGUGGGUGGAAUGAGGGCAGCUGGAGCCUGCAAUUCACCUUUUCUCCUCUUCCCAUCGCUCCUCCUGCACGCUGCUCCCUGUGUGUGGAAAGUAGGGGGUGUCAGCUGAGGGUGAGGACAAAUCCCAGUGGUGGAGGGGGAGGGAGAAGGUGCAGGACAUCCAGUGAAAGAUAUGGAAAUGGUUCUGUGGCAGCUCCCUGCUGGAGCUGCGAUCCCUCGGCUUCCUCUGUGUUGAUGUCACUAUAAAAAAGUUUCCCAGUACCCGAGAUCGUGUUGCCAGAAGAAAAUGAUUCAAAGAAAGAUACUGGGCAACCAGGAAGAUUCUAAACUCCUCCAGUUCAUAUGCUAAUUUUUGAUGAAAUUCCAGAUCGGAAUGUCCUACACAUAAGACUGUUCUCAGGGAUAGUUUACAUGGAUAGUUUACUUUCUCUCGUUUGCAUAAUUAAGUAUUAAAAAACCCCAGAAAAUUAAAUCAAAGCUGCAUUGGGAAAUAUGCUGCAAUCUUUCAGAAGCUUAGCUACUGCAUAUACACGCACACUAUUUGUGUUUCUGACCAGUGUCUUCCCAGCAAAUGUAAAAAUAUUGCACAAAACAAAGUUGGGCUUUUUUUAACUGCCUGUAUUAACUCCUGGUAACUUCAAUUCAUCCCCAUUUCCUCCUUAAAAAGCAGAAGGUCUGUGUACUAGGAAUGCAGGAACAAGCUGGAAUGCCAAGGUAAGAGCAGCCUUUUCUCACAAAUAAAGGAUCCAAAAAGCAGUGGCUGUAAGACAGUGAAAGCUGAAGAAUUAUCUAUGUAGAAUAACUUUCCACUGAUGUGUGAAGACCUGCCUAAAUUUAAAGUCAUCUUAGUGAGGACUCAGAGCCUUCAGUGUCUUAGUUCUGGUCUUAAGCUUGAACUAGGACAGAUGGACAGAAAGUGUUCUCCUUACCCCCUAACCAGCCUGCUUUUAAUAGCAGGGGCCGGGCCGCCCUUGACUUAAAAUUAAAUGUUUGAAGCAAUUUAAGCUUAAAACAAGAUCUAGGACAUUUCCAAGGAUGAGUUCAGCUCAUACCAGUUCUAGGCAUCCUCAGUGGUCAAGGCUUAGCUCCUGCUCUUGGAUUUUGGUGUUCCUCAAGGCUUGUUUUCAGACAAUGAAUGUUAGUUGUCACAUGUUUAAAUUUCCUUUCAAAGUAAAUUGCUUCCUGGCAUGUACGGCUGAAGUGAAGAUCUAUUUACAGGACAGAUCUGUUUUAAGUUACAGGUCCUCCAGAAAACUCAAGUACUUUGAUAUUAGGGGUUGAAAUUACUUGAAGUAACUGUGUAACAUCACUAUUGCCCUGCUUAUGCUAGCAAAACCAUCCCUCUGUUGAGGACAAGAACUUAUAAUCCACGGUACCUGAAUUUGGUAGGAAUCCUAUUUUUGUCCACAAACCCAGGAACAGUUUGAAGGUGAUUGCUCUGCUCCAGUGUGAAAGGUAACCUCUUGCAGCUAAGUGUCAUUUAAUACUUUAUUUAUCCUGAGGCACUGCCAAGUGCCGGACUGUACUGCAAGCACUCACUCCUGGCAUUUGCACUUUUUUCUGUACAUGACCAGUGCUUGAGUGCAAGACCAGGCAAAGUUUCAUGCCUUGAUGUUUUGGGGUUUUUUUUAAGUUACUUUGCAUAUAAGUGCAUCACAAUCUGUGGAUGUUCUAUUAUAUAUGUAACAGUUUCUAUUCUGCUUGGUGGUGUGGGUUUUACGUUGUACUGAGUAAUGUGACAUUUAAUAGAUUGACUUGUGUCUUGACUGUAAUAAAUUCUUAUCUGGAGAAGGCACUCAGGUUCCUUAAUGUAAAUAAAGUUUUGUUCUAUUUUUCAAA